AUGAAGGCAGACGCCGCCAAGCUGGCCACGAUGCUGCGCACCCCCAACUGCUCGCGGUGCCGCAACCAUGGCUACCUGGUGGCCGUCAAGGGCCACGCGGGCAAGUGCCGCUGGAAGCAGUGCAAUUGCGAGAAGUGCUAUCUCAUCACCGAACGCCAGAAGAUCAUGGCCGCGCAGAAGAUGCUCAAGAAGCAGGCCUCCGACGAGGACCGCGAGCUGGCCUCCAGGGCCGCGGCCCUCGCCCCGCCCCCGCCCAGGCCGCCGCCGCCGACCCCGCCGCCGCCAUUCGCCUUCGGGCUCUCUCUGAGCAUCAACUCGGAUGCUAUGGUGCGGUCUGAGUACCUGGAGAGAGAGCCUUCCAAGCUGUAUCCCAGCUGCUCUGGCAUGUACUAUCGCCCGUUCCCGAUGGGCUACCAGGAUCCAUCCCCGGGCCUGGGCAUCUCCGUGCAGCAGGGCUUCCGGCACGUGCCCUUCAGCCACUACCAUGGAGGAGGCUCGAUGCGCUCUGAGCUAUGUAGUCACCCCCCUCCAGAUCCCUCCCUUCCAGCCUUGGGGGUUGGCUUCCAUCUUCGGAAGAAGCAACAGAAGCACAGAAUGGUGGUGGCUGGAGCCCCUUUUCCUGAGUGUGCCAUGCAGGUGCCGGAGCCAGUGGAAAACUUCCAGCCAAGCUUUCCCCCGCGGCCGCCUCCGCCACCACCACCAUCACCACUGCUGCCGCCACCACCACCACUGCUGCCGCCACCCCUGCUGCCGCCACCCCUGUCACCACCGCCCCCGUUCCUCCCACCAGGCUUCCUCACUGGGAUCCAUUUCCUUCCACCGCCGCCACCACCACCGCCACCGCCACCAGCAUCUUUCUCACUGACCGUCCUCUCUGAUGCGGACCAGGAGACCGCGGAUGACCAGGUUGCAGGGAUGCCUCGUGAGCCCAGCCAGCCAUCGUCUCAGGAGCAGUCCGACUAGGCCCCGGGCCUCUGGCCAGCAAAAUGGGGCAUCGGGAGGGUGACAGCAAUCAUUUUCUUGUCUGUGUUCAGUGAUGUUAGGG